AUGAAAUGCUAUAAAUUGGAAAUAGAAAAAGAUUAUGAAAAAAAUUCUACCAAAGAAAUAAAAAAGUUAUUUGAAGAAUUGGAAGAACUUUUAUAUUCUGAUCAAACAAGUAAAUUCCAAGAGAACAAAAACAAUCUUUACGUUGAGUGUCGAGACUGGCUAGAACUUUUUCCACAUUUUCGAAUCACAGGGCAUAGUUUGGGAGCUACUAAUGAACUGGGCUAUUCGGUGCACUCCUCACGUGAUGUGCCAGAUGAAUCGGUGCUUCAGUUUGAAAUUAAUGAUGAAAAUCAUUUGACUGAUGCACGAGAUUAUGAUUUUUUUAAUAUUUCGACAAAUGACAAGUUGAGGUACAAUUCUCUGACAAUUUUUGGUUCCAAAAUAACAUUAAACCCUCCAUUAUUAUCAAAUUUGAAUGAGAACAGUGGAUGGUCUGCCGUUGAUGGCAUCAAUCGCGGCAUCAAGUAUGACGGGAAGUUGUUAGCUCUAGGUGUUGAUGAAAUUUUAUAUGCAGAGGGAAAUUAUGAAGAGGUGAUCGUUCUUGAUUAUAAAGACAGGAAGAGAGAUUCAAAGAAAAGUUUACUUUUGUUGUUAUCUGCAGCAGUUUUUUCUUCAUCGCUGUCAGGAUCAUCGCCACCAACGACACUUUCCCAUGAGAUGAUUGCUUACGACGUGCUUUCAGAACUCUGGAAUAAUGUAGCAAGAACUUGUUCCAUUAUUUCUCAUGUGACGCUUAAAAUCAUUAACACAGGCAUGUAA